CUCAAGGAGGGAUGAUAGCGUGCUGUGCAUCAUUGAGUCUGAUUGAGUCACGCGAAAAUCUUAAAAGAUGAAUGUUCGAAAUCAACUGAUUUUAUUUCUUCUCUGGUUCUUUUACCUCACCAUUGGAGUGCUAAUUUUUAGAGCUGUGGAACACGAUGGCGAAGGAAAGCAAGAGAAAUCCAAAGAGCAACGGCUAAAGAUAGCCAAAGACAAAAUAACAUCCGCGUACAACGUGAGCGAAGCAGAAUUCUACAAUAUUGUGCAGCAUAUUGAGGCAGCUUCGUCUUCGAAUGGCGUACCAGAAUGGAGCUAUCUCGAUUCUGUUUCUUUCGUGAUUCAACUUGUGACAACAAUAGGUUAUGGUAACAUUACUCCAGUGACAAAUGGCGGUCGUGUGUUUUGUAUAAUCUUCGCUUUCUUUGGAAUCCCGAUAAACAUUAUGUUUUUGCAGUCCGUUGGUAAAGGCUUGCGUGAAGUCGAAAAAUUUCUCAUCACGAAAUUCGAAAAACGCUGCCUGAAGAGGAAUGAAAAGCCGAAAUUCCUAAAUGAAAAAUGUUCUCUGUGUGCAGUUGUGCUCUUCGUUACUUUGUUACUUAUUUCUGCGGCUGUCCAACAAACGAUUGACGAAUGGACAUUUUUGGACGGUUUUUACGCCUAUUUCAUCACGUUUACAACAGUUGGAUUUGGGGAUAUGAUACCAGGAGACAGUUCAACAGAACAUCGCGUCAGGAACACAGUAAUUCGUAUCGUGUUCAUCAUCCUGGGUUUAAUGGCCAUGUCGAAUGUACUGAUCGCGGUUAUGGAGUCUACUGAAUGUCUACAAUAUUUGAAAACUUACAUGAAUUUUUGCAGAAGAGGGGAAAGUGUUGAUAUUCCUGAAACAAAGGAGAGCGGUGGUGGAGUAGAGUUAACUGAAUACCGUAACGAAGAUCCGAAAAACAACGAUUCGCAGCUUGCAGCGCCAAUAUGAAGUGUAUUGAGAGAGGAUCAUUUGAAUACUACAGGGUGAAAACCCCCCUCCCCCCCCGCGAUAAAUAAUGACCGUUCCUCGGUAGGGAGGCAUAGGGAAUUCUUUUCUAUCCUCCUACCUCUACAGCACACUUUGGGGAAUUUAGGACAUGAGUGAAAAUUACAGUUCGUUUUUUGCUAUUUUCUGCUGCUAUGAAUAUCAUGAUCAAACCUACAUGGCUCCUACAUCUAGCGAGUUCGAGCAAUUUAGAAUCCAUUUGUACUUUAAAAGUGUAUCCAUUUGAUUUAAUAUAUUUAGAACUUUAAUAAGUUUUAUUAGGUUCGUCUAUGGCGAUUUCUGUGCGGUUUAAAUAAUUUUUGUUUAUAUGCGCCAAACACAAAUGGAACCCUGUGAAAAAUAAAGACCUUGACUGCCUCUACUUCCCCUCCCCUUCAGAACCCAAUCCUUCCCCUCCCACUCCCACUCAGGAAGUUCCACUUGGCCUGGAUGAGAGCUGGUAUAUGCUGAUUAUUCGGGAACGUGAAGUUUAUAAGUAAAUGGAAAUUGGGCAAAUUAGGGUCGGGAAAUGAAAUUUAGAUUCCGUUCCCCCCCUCCCCCCUAACAUUUCUGAGACUCGAGAACAACCACCCUCCCAAUUGGCCUGCACCUAAUCUAAAUGACAGAUCUCAUUUGAGGGCGUUUUUGCAAGUAAAGUGAAACAAUACCAUGUUGAGUAAAUGCAAAUAUUGGAACCAUCUGUAAUUAGAGGCAGCCCUAGCGUCACGGUUUAAUUAACCUACAGUUUUUAAGCUCGAAAUUUUCAAUUCGUGUGAAUCUUAAACGUUCCUCUUCUUUUUGGUGUGCUUUUUGUAUCUCUACAUUUUUUGCCUUAUUCAAAGC